AUGUUGGAGGUAAGCAUUAAUACAUUGAAAACCUUUGUGCCUUUAGCUCUGGUAUACGCAACCAUAUUUGGAAAUAUAACUACAAUCGUGCAGCAAAUGUAUUCUGCAAGAACAAGAUAUAAUGAUAUGAUGAAAGGAGUUAAAGAUUUUCUCAAAAUACAUGAUGUACCUCAGGAGCUUGGCGAGCGUGUUGUUGACUACGUUACUUCAUCUUGGGCAACUACCAAGGGUAUCGAUACUAUAAAGGUAAUUUUUUACUUUAACAAACAUUGUUUUUUUAAUCUAUUGAACAUGAGGCGGCAAGAAUCUUAG